AUGACUCUUAAAUUGUUCCGCUAUUUAUUUAUCGGUAUAUGUUGCCUUUUGGUAUUAAAUAGUAUACCAACAACUUUUGUUAAUGCGGACACUUCAUCUGCUAAAGCACACUCUAUAUCUUCAAACUCGAGUGCAGCACUAAGUCAGAGGUCCCAAAGAGAUAUUGAAUAUAAUAUAACGAUAGAUCAACUUCCUUUGACGGGUAUUGAGUUGAAAUCAGUUUUACUUCACUCAAAUUUCUCGCAAUCAAAUGAUACUAUAAACAAUGACGAUUUAUUGAACUAUUAUUAUGAUAUCUUAUCUAGUGGGGUUCAAAAUGUUAUAGUAGAUUUGGAGUUAACUGAUAACAUAUGGACCCUUGUUGAUACAAGCAUAACUUUUCAAAGCUUUUUAUCGAAAACAAAAGUUUUUCUAGAUGACACAGAUACAAACCUGUCUGCGAAUUUAUUCUUUAUGAUGUUACGUAUUCAGAAUAAUAGCUUAACUUUUAUUGAUUAUAGUUCACCUAGCCAAAAUAUUUCGGCUUUGCUUGAACAUGGACUAGGUGGAAGUUAUAUAUACAAGCCAGAUGAUUUGCUUUCAGAUAGAAAAGCUGGUAAAACCUUUGAUAUGAAUGGCGUGAAUGCAGUAAAUGGUUGGCCUACCUUAAAUAGGUUUUUAUAUGAAAUUAGAAGAAGAGUAGUGAUUUCAGAAAUAUCGCAAGUUAUGGAAUCAGAUGAAUCCCCAUAUACGUUUAACCGUUCAAUCAUGCAUUUUGAUGAAUUUAAUGCAACACUAGAUAUCCCAACUACUGUAGAAGAAGUUAGAAACACAUCAUUAAUUCCAUGGAGGUUUUUAUUAUCAAAUUUUACUGAAAGCGAUGGGCCACAAUACAUUAGUUAUGGUUACUCUCCUAUUAUUGCAAAUAAAUUCGAUUCCAGUAAUAUACUCCUAUUAUCAGAUUUAACUACUCCUAUAAACAGUUGGUCAUGGAAAGUUGGAGAGCCUAAAAAACAAAGCUCUCUACCGAAAGAUAAGAGUUUUACCGCAUAUAAUUGUGGAUAUAUGUCUUACACUGUGCAUAAUAUAUCAUCGGAGUGGAUCGUAGGUAAUUGUUAUGACAAACUAUAUGGUUUAUGUCGAUCUUAUAAUGAUAAUUUUGGAUUCAUUUUAAGUGAAAAUGAAAAUUCAUAUUUUGAUUUUGAUAGCUUUAGUGGAUCAAAUUGUCCAGAUGGCUUUGAUUUUUCUAUACCCUCGACACCAUUACAGAAAUUAGCUUUAGAAUUUUUUCUCAAAAAAUAUGAAAUGGGAAAUAUCAAUAUUUGGAUUGAUAUAAAUUCCAUCUCCGUUAGUGACUGUUGGGUUACAGGCGGGCCGUUUGCAUCAUGUCCCUAUCAAAAGGUCAUGUCAGGAAGAAAUUUUACGAGAAUGCUUACUCCUGCAUGCGUUUGUUCAUUUGGAUUACUUGUGAUUGUAACAUUAUUGAAUUUAUUGAGUGCCCCUAUACAUGAUAAUAGAAAUAACUGGAAGAAAGUUAUUUCUAAAAUGGCUGUACCCGAAAGUGAUGGUGUACCUGCAUAA